AUGGCGUCCCGGUUCCUGCUGAUCCUCCUAGCAUAUACCCUUUUUGGGACAUUAGCUUACGCAUCAACCCUUCCCGUCAACAUCGCACUGGAUCAACCAAUUGGAACCAUAUACCAAGUGGCACCCAUAAACGCGUCCGGUCCGCAGAACGUAUCUCCGCUCAACAACACCAUUAUCUUCUACAUCCCAGGCACCCAAACCAGCCUCGUUUUCUCCAGAUUUACCAAAGUUAUAUCGCAAACGGAGCUUGACCUUUGCGUCAUUGAAGGCAUCGGAUACCUCUUCGGCGCUGUACUCGCAAAGGGAGGAGACGGCUUCCUGCCCUUAAAUCGGGUCGAGUACAAGUAUGGCAACGUCGUUAUAAACGUGCACGACUUCGCUGCACCAUCUUUCCGCAUGACCUACGCAUCAGUGGUGUCGACUUUGAGAGGUAUCGCGUUGUUUACCAGCAUGUAUGGGUACUUUGGAAUGGCAUUCGAGGUGUACGACGGUAAAAAGGGUCAUGUGGGGACCGGGGAUUUUGGAGGCAUCAUACCUGUAUAG